UUACCGGGGCCUUCUUUCCAGUAGCUCCCCCAUCUCCCUUCUGUGCUCUCCGUAGAAGAGCUUCAAUAAAAUCGCAGCUUGGAGUGUCGAGUCCUCAGGCACACCCACGUCCUGCAGAAGAAGAUACUGAUAUCAGCGAAUAUUUUCUAUUCUACAAAAUGAGCAACAACCAUCCACUGCGCCCCUACACUUCUGUGGGAGAAAUUGAUCAUGUGCAUAUCUUGUCUGAAAAUAUUGGUGCCUUGUUAAAUGGAGAAGAAUAUGGCGAUGUGACAUUUAUAGUGGAAAAGACACGUUUUCCAGCCCACAGAGUCAUUCUGGCUGCCAGGUGCCGCUAUUUUCGAGCAUUAUUAUAUGGUGGAAUGCGAGAGUCUCAUCCUGAAGCAGAAAUCCCUCUCCAAGACACCACUGCAGAGGCAUUUACCAUGUUACUUAAAUACAUCUACACAGGACGAGCAACAUUAACAGAUGAGAAGGAGGAGGUGCUGCUGGACUUCCUAAGCCUGGCUCAUAAAUAUGGAUUCCCUGAGCUGGAGGAUUCAACUUCUGAGUAUCUCUGUACCAUACUUAACAUUCAGAAUGUCUGUAUGACUUUUGAUGUUGCUAGUCUCUAUUUGCUUCCAAAACUCACAUGUAUGUGCUGUAUGUUUAUGGAUAGAAAUGCUCAGGAGGUACUUUCCAGUGAAGGUUUCCUUUCUCUUUCUAAGGCAGCACUUCUCAAUAUUGUAUUAAGAGAUUCAUUUGCAGCUCCUGAAAAGGAUAUUUUUCAAGCUUUGUUGAAUUGGUGUAAGCAUAAUCCAAGAGAGGAUCAUGCUGAAAUCAUGCAGGCAGUUCGCUUGCCCCUGAUGAGUCUCACUGAGCUCUUGAAUGUUGUCAGACCUUCUACAUUACUGUCUCCUGAUGCCAUAUUGGAUGCAAUUAAAGUGCGCUCAGAAAGUCGAGACAUGGAUCUCAAUUAUCGAGGAAUGCUUAUACCAGAAGAGAACAUUGCAACUAUGAAGUAUGGAGCCCAGGUAGUGAAAGGGGAGUUGAAAUCUGCCUUAUUGGAUGGUGAUACACAAAAUUAUGAUUUGGAUCAUGGAUUUUCUAGGCAUCCAAUUGAUGAUGACUGCCGUUCUGGCAUUGAGAUUAAAUUAGGUCAGCCGUCAAUUAUCAAUCACAUACGAAUACUCCUUUGGGAUCGUGAUAGCCGGUCUUAUUCCUACUACAUUGAAGUGUCCAUGGAUGAACUAGAUUGGAUCAGAGUAAUUGACCACUCAAAAUAUCUCUGUCGUUCUUGGCAAAAGCUGUAUUUUCCUGCCCGGGUCUGCAGGUAUGUUCGAAUAGUUGGGACACACAACACAGUAAACAAAGUUUUCCAUCUUGUGGCUUUUGAAUGUAUGUUUACAAACAAAACCUUUACUCUUGAAAAGGGUCUGAUAGUUCCAACGGAUAAUGUUGCUACAAUUGCUGAUUGUGCUAGUGUGAUUGAAGGUGUGAGUCGUAGUCGUAAUGCCUUGUUGAAUGGUGACACCAAGAAUUAUGACUGGGAUUCUGGAUACACCUGUCACCAACUAGGAAGUGGUGCCAUUGUGGUUCAGCUGGCACAACCAUAUAUGAUUGGGUCAAUACGGUUAUUACUUUGGGACUGUGAUGAUCGAAGCUACAGCUACUACAUUGAAGUUUCCACCAAUCAACAGCAGUGGACCAUGGUGGCAGACAAAACCAAACUGCCUUGCAAAUCCUGGCAAUCAAUAACUUUUGACAAACAGCCUGCAUCCUUCAUCCGAAUAGUUGGAACACACAACACAGCAAAUGAGGUAUUCCACUGUGUACACUUUGAGUGUCCAGAGAAGAGUCGUAUCCAUAAGGAAGAGAGCAAGAAGGAAGCCACGGCACCAACGACCACAGUAGGGACGGUGCUGGGGGCAGCGUCGGCACCAUCGAUGGUAGUGUCGGCGUCGGCAUCGGUGUCGGCACCGGCACUAUUAGGGGCGGCAGGGGCGGCGGCACCAGGGGUGGCAGGGGCGGCAGGAGCGGCGGCAGCAGCAACGGCAUCAAGAGAUGAGAGCCCUGGGGGGCAGCAGCUGGUCUCAUACCCACUUCGACUCUCCAGCAACAAUUCCAACCCAUCCCUCCCUGGACCCACUUCUCAAUCAUCUAUUCAGCCCCAAUAAAAGAUGAAGACAAAAGGAUGGAUGCAGUGACUUGGUUUGGGCCCAAAUAACACUAGGAAGUCUUUGUUCUUCUUGGAGAGGAAUUGUUAUAUGACUUUUUCCUUGUUGCUGCUGUUUCCAAAUGGGAAUAGGCCUGCCUGAAAAUACAGAAAUAGAACAGGUUUUCUCCCAAGGACAGAAAGGGGGCUACUUCGCUUGCCUCAAUUUGUUCAAAUCAGACUGGUCUCCAAGGGGAGAAUAUAGGUCUUCAAUCUUCAUCAAGUCCACCAUUAACACCCUACCUCUCUAAUCUAACCCAGGCAAAGGGAACGGAAAGAAAUAAUAGAGAGACUCGUGUUGGAAUACAAAAAUGGCAUAAGAACACUGACUGGGAAGAGAAUAUAUUAGGCAUUUAUUACCUGGUGGCACCCUUUAGGAAAUGGGUUUUUGGUGGGAGUGUUUAUUUUUAUGGAACACAUUGCCCUGGCAACUAAAUGAUUUUUAUUUCUUUUAGUUAUUCUCAAUUUGCUGAAUCAUAGGUGUUCCAGAUCUCUUUGAAAACUCAAAUGGAAAUUUUUUUCCAAGUUCCUUUUGAGGCAGUAAUUCCCUUCCCUUAUUUCUGAAUGGUUAUGCAUGAGGUAGAAUAGGAAAAUAUCAAGCAUGUCUUUAAGAUGAGGCCCAGAUGUAGCUGAUUGCAGCACCUGGUCUGACAAGGAAAUGCCUUCAAGGAGGGCUAACAAAAUACACAUUGAGGAAGCCAAUCUUUGGACACCGUAGUCAAUAAUCACUUGAAUUGCAGAGUUAUUUAUCUGUCAUUCCUGAAAUGUAUCUGGAGCAACCAUGUACUUUUUAUCAGCUUUGGGAUUUUGACACAUAAACGGUCCCAGCACCUGCAAAUUUAAUGGAAGAUUUACAUGUGUAUAUAUCUCUAGGUGUAGGCAGAUGGAUGUCAAUCUGUAGUUUCUUCUGGUCUGGUUGAAGCUUCUGCAAUAAUCUGUACAGGUUCAGAGCUUCCUGUUUUUGUUUAUACUCCUGCUAAUGAUGGGCAUUAGGAAUACAAAACUGGGAAUUUGCAAUUAA